GUAAGGGUGCGUUAACAUUGACAACCAAGUUAACGACAGAAUUUGGAGAUGGGGUUCAACUGCUGGAAUGAUUGGUUAUUGAGUAUGUUUCAGGUAAGUACAUCACACAACAUAACUGCAGCAAUGUUGGACUGGUAUGCCUUUGUGAUCUGUCACAUAUGGAAGGCCGGAUGCAAAAAUGUCUUUGAUGGUGUUACUAUGAAUGUUAAUCAAAUAUCUCUUACGAUAACAAAUGAUUACUCAGACAGGUAUAGAAUUAGUAGCAGUCAUAUCACUGAGAGAGUCUCUGGCAUAACCACCAUUGGCCAGUGGACAUGUCCUCAAUCAUCUUUUGUUAAACUCAACUUUGAUGCUUCUUUCAAAGAAGAAACUAAAGAUGUAGGAAUUGGACUAAUAUUGGGCAAUUGUGCGGGUGUUAGAGAUGGAGGUAGAUGUUGCUGUAUAAAAGCAACAGACCCAGAACAAGCGGAGGCAGAGGCGCUGUUGGAGGCAAUUAUUUGGGCUAGGAGAAAAGGAAUAAGGAAACCGCAUCUGGAAGGGGACCGUGAGAAUGUAAUCAGAUCUCUCAAUGGCAGUUUAAGCUCAAUCAAAUGGACAACUAGAAAUAUUAUCUUAGAUAGUAUUUAUUAG